AUGGCCGGAGUUCAAAGGGGCCUGGAAGCUGCCUUCUAUCUUUACCCCUGUGGCCUUUUUGUAACAUUGUUUACAUCGCAGUCCAUUUACUACUACCGCAAGCGUGUGGGAAAGAGCACUUCUGGCUCUUCGAGUGAAGAAAAGGAUGCCGAGGGCAUCCGCCGCUUCUACGACAGACUGAUUUGGGUCCUGCAGGCCUUUCUUUGCCUACUAUACCUUCCAAGCAUCGUUCUUGUGGUUCGAGACGCUGCAGCCGGACAAGAUGACCCCCAGCAGGGAGCCGGCUUCCCAUUCAGCGCGUAUCUGGCUGCUCAUGUUAGCGUUCUGCUGUAUUUCCUAGCUGGACUGCUUCCCAAUCCCGACGGGCCGUGGUCGCCCACCGCGUCAAACUGCCACUCAUGGAUCACCGGCAUCAUCCUCGAGGCAGUCAUUGCAGCCGUGUUCAGGACGGAGCAGCAUUCGAUCCAUGUACCUUCACAUCUGCUGGAUGAGUUGUUCGGCGUGGGGAUCGCCCGGAUUCUCUUACUGCUUGUCAUGACACUCUCGCUCGUCCGCAGAUAUUAUGCUGUGAAAUCAGUCGCGUCCCAGUCCACUGCAGAUGAGCGUCAGGGCCUGCUCGAAAACGGACAAGGGCCUGCAGGCGGGUAUGACGGUGCGCAUACACAUGCCCCAACGCCACCAGCAGCCAAGCCUGGAGAUAUGAACAAAGGCUGGUUCGACUACUUUGCCGGGUUCCGAGUCUUGUUCCCGUACCUAUGGCCCAAGGAUUCACACCUUUACCAGGCCGUAGUGCUUCUCUGCGUGAUCCUCCUGAUCGGCCAGCGCAUAGUUAACUUCAUGGUUCCACUGCAACUGGGCGUGCUUGUUGAAUCUCUGGGAUACGGCCGUAUACCAUACAAGGAAAUCAUCCUCUAUGUCAUCUACAGAGCUCUGCAGGGCAACUCGGGUGCUCUUGGUGCUGCGCGAUCUGUCCUCUGGAUUCCGGUGUCACAGUCCCUCUUCCGACGACUGUCCUGCGCGGCCUUCGAGCACGUUCUUGGUCUAUCCUUGGAUUUCCAUCUGAGCAAGAAGACUGGCGAGGUGACCAGCGCGCUAAGUCGUGGCGCCGCAAUGAACACAUUCCUGGAAAACUUUGUUUUUCAGGUGUUCCCCAUGAUCUUCGACAUCUUCGUGGCCGGCGUGCUCUUCUUUGUCAAGUACGAUGCUUUCUACACCAUCAUCGUCUUCUUCAUCAUGUGGUCCUACAUCUUUUUGACCAUCUACAUGGCCAAGUGGCGCGGCAGGCAGCGAAGAGAUAUGGCGAUGAAGAGCCGAGAGAUGGAUGCCGUCAAGACGGAUGCGAUCAUGGCGUAUGAGACGGUGCAGCACAACUGUGCUGUUGUGCCUGAGACGGCACGCUUCCAGGGCCAAGUCGUCGCCUACCAGAAGGCGGAGCGGCUCGUGAUGUGGUCUCUGAACGCCCUCAAUCUAACGCAGAGCUCCAUCUUCUCUCUUGGAACGGCGCUACUGGUUGCUGUGUCUGCGUACAAAAUCUCGAUUGGCCAACAAACCGUUGCUGAAUUCGUCAGCCUCAUUGUGUAUUUCACGCAGCUUCAAGGGCCUCUGAACUUCUUUGGGACGUACUACACGAUGCUCCAAAACAACCUGAUUGAGGCGGAGCGCAUGCUCGACCUGUUCAAAGAGACAUCCGGGAUCGUGGAGAAGCCGGACGCCGUUAAGCUCCCAAAUCCAAGGGGCGAGAUUGAGUUCAAGAAUGUGCGCUUCUCGUAUCAAGGCAAGGUCAAAGAUCCGGCCAUCGAUGGCAUCAGUUUCAAGGUCCCGCCAGGCACCAAAACGUCCAUCGUCGGCGAAAGUGGCGGCGGCAAGUCCACAUGUCUAAAGCUCCUCUUCCGAUUCUACGACGUCAGUGAAGGCUCGAUCACAAUCGAUGGCCACGACCUGAGAGAUCUCAAGCUCGACAGCCUGCGCAGGAGCAUCGGUGUUGUGCCUCAGGACACGGUCCUCUUCAACGCCACGAUCAUGUACAAUUUGUUGUAUGCCAAUCCCAACGCCUCUGCAGCCGACGUCUAUGAAGCGUGCAGAGCUGCGAAUAUUCAUGAUCGGAUCCUGUCCUUCCCAGAUGGAUAUGAGACAAAGGUUGGAGAACGCGGACUGAAGCUGUCUGGUGGUGAGCGCCAGCGGAUUGCCAUCGCUCGGGCCAUCCUUAAAGACUCGCGCAUCCUACUUCUCGACGAAGCCACCGCCUCGCUUGACUCUCACACCGAGAAGCAGAUCCAGGAUGCACUAGAGCGAGUGACCUCGGGCCGAACCACGGUCACCAUUGCACACCGACUGUCCACCAUCACGAAUUCUGACCAGAUUGUGGUGCUGCACAAGGGUAAGAUUGUUGAGCGCGGUACGCACUCGGAGCUUCUCGCCAAGAGAGGUAGCUACCAUGCCAUGUGGGAAAAGCAGACCACCGCAGAGCGGGAAAAGAAGGAGCAAGAGAAGGAGGGAGAUUCACAGACUGAGGGUGAGUGAGAAGAACCCAAAGCUGUCGAGACUCGGGCAUCAAGAGGUGGAAUUGUGGAAGUGCAGAGGUGCACCAAGCGGUAUUGCCAUUCGAAAUAAUAGAAUCAAAUUUGAAUAGAUCAAGGUUGUCUUGUGCUUUUG